UGACCAUCAAUUUGUUGCACCGUUUCGUCGCGUCUUCUAGACACCGCUACGCGUGCUGCCCCCAAUGGCACCAUUUUUAAUCUUUGGCACUGUCAAUAGCAGACUCUUUUUCAACGAUUUGAAAAAAUUUUCCCGGCGAUUCAAAAUUGGGAAAGCAAGUUAAAACAUUAAGUUUAACACGUUCAAAACAAAAUCAACUUCAAAGGCAUUGUUUAAGGGGUUUGAGACAUUAACAAAUUAUUACCAAUUAACUGAAGCUUUGGAACUAGCUCAAUCAUCGUAAAAGUUUAAUUAAAUCAUUUAGGAAUGAUCGAAGAGAAUGAUGUGAGGAUGGAAGAUGAAUUUUAUGAUGAUGACAUGGAGCAUGAUGUGAUUGAAACUGGAGAGAUCCUUUCACAACAAAAGUACAAAUCAAAUAGCAUUGUGGUUGGGCAAAAGUUCCCUAAUUACAUAAAAGAACAAAUGGCUGAAAGGACUAAACGGAGUAAAGAGAAAAAGAGAGAACUGAGAAAUGGUCCUAGCACAAAAAGAUCCAGAAUGAGAAAUUUACAGAAUCAGAUGGCGACUAUGGCCCGAGAAAACGAGUGCCAAUUUCUCUGCCUUUUAAUGAGUAAAAAUGACGUAAAGUAUUCGUCAAACAUCAUUGUGGAGGGAUCGUUUGCCAAAAAAUUUGAGGAGCGGAUAGAAUUUCGUGAUAAUUUUUAAUUUUUUUCCCUUUGAUCUUUGAUCUCAAGGGAUUCCUUUACCAUAAUGCUGA